AUGCUCUCAUCCAUCCAUGCGCAUCUUGACUCCUGCUACUCCCUUCUACUGUAUCCCCCACACCUUCUCCCACUCACAGCGCCAUCACAUACCUGUAAGCUCACAACACUCUUGAGGGCGAGAUUCCAACGUUCCUGGGCACAAUGGCCCAGCUCACAUACCUGUAAGCUCACAACACUCUUGAGGGCGAGAUUCCAACGUUCCUGGGCACAAUGGCCCAGCUCACAUACCUGUAAGCUCACAACACUCUUGAGGGCGAGAUUCCAACGUUCCUGGGCACAAUGGCCCAGCUCACAUACCUGUAAGCUCACAACACUCUUGAGGGCGAGAUUCCAACGUUCCUGGGCACAAUGGCCCAGCUCACAUACCUGUAAGCUCACAACACUCUUGAGGGCGAGAUUCCAACGUUCCUGGGCACAAUGGCCCAGCUCACAUACCUGUAAGCUCACAACACUCUUGAGGGCGAGAUUCCAACGUUCCUGGGCACAAUGGUCCAGCUCACAUACCUGUAAGCUCACAACACUCUUGAGGGCGAGAUUCCAACGUUCCUGGGCACAAUGGCCCAGCUCACAUACCUGUAAGCUCACAACACUCUUGAGGGCGAGAUUCCAACGUUCCUGGGCACAAUGGCCCAGCUCACAUACCUGUAAGCUCACAACACUCUUGAGGGCGAGAUUCCAACGUUCCUGGGCACAAUGGCCCAGCUCACAUACCUGUAAGCUCACAACACUCUUGAGGGCGAGAUUCCAACGUUCCUGGGCACAAUGGCCCAGCUCACAUACCUGUAAGCUCACAACACUCUUGAGGGCGAGAUUCCAACGUUCCUGGGCACAAUGGCCCAGCUCACAUACCUGUAAGCUCACAACACUCUUGAGGGCGAGAUUCCAACGUUCCUGGGCACAAUGGCCCAGCUCACAUACCUGUAAGCUCACAACACUCUUGAGGGCGAGAUUCCAACGUUCCUGGGCACAAUGGCCCAGCUCACAUACCUGUAAGCUCACAACACUCUUGAGGGCGAGAUUCCAACGUUCCUGGGCACAAUGGCCCAGCUCACAUACCUGUAAGCUCACAACGCUCUUGAGGGCGAGAUUCCAACGUUCCUGGGCACAAUGGCCCAGCUCACAUACCUGUAAGCUCACAACGCUCUUGAGGGCGAGAUUCCAACGUUCCUGGGCACAAUGGCCCAGCUCACAUACCUGUAAGCUCACAACGCUCUUGAGGGCGAGAUUCCAACGUUCCUGGGCACAAUGGCCCAGCUCACAUACCUGUAAGCUCACAACGCUCUUGAGGGCGAGAUUCCAACGUUCCUGGGCACAAUGGCCCAGCUCACAUACCUGUAAGCUCACAACGCUCUUGAGGGCGAGAUUCCAACGUUCCUGGGCACAAUGGCCCAGCUCACAUACCUGUAAGCUCACAACGCUCUUGAGGGCGAGAUUCCAACGUUCCUGGGCACAAUGGCCCAGCUCACAUACCUGUAAGCUCACAACGCUGUUGAGGGCGAGAUUCCAACGUUCCUGGGCACAAUGGCCCAGCUCACAUACCUGUAAGCUCACAACGCUGUUGAGGGCGAGAUUCCAACGUUCCUGGGCACAAUGGCCCAGCUCACAUACCUGUAAGCUCACAACGCUGUUGAGGGCGAGAUUCCAACGUUCCUGGGCACAAUGGCCCAGCUCACAUACCUGUAAGCUCACAACGCUGUUGAGGGCGAGAUUCCAACGUUCCUGGGCACAAUGGCCCAGCUCACAUACCUGUAAGCUCACAACGCUGUUGAGGGCGAGAUUCCAACGUUCCUGGGCACAAUGGCCCAGCUCACAUACCUGUAAGCUCACAACGCUGUUGAGGGCGAGAUUCCAACGUUCCUGGGCACAAUGGCCCAGCUCACAUACCUGUAAGCUCACAACGCUCUUGAGGGCGAGAUUCCAACGUUCGUGGGCACAAUGGCCCAGCUCACAUACCUGUAAGCUCACAACGCUCUUGAGGGCGAAAUUCCAACGUUCCUGGGCACAAUGGCCCAGCUCACAUACCUGUAAGCUCACAACGCUCUUGAGGGCGAGAUUCCAACGUUCCUGGGCACAAUGGCCCAGCUCACAUACCUGUAAGCUCACAACGCUCUUGAGGGCGAGAUUCCAACGUUCCUGGGCACAAUGGCCCAGCUCACAUACCUGUAAGCUCACAACGCUCUUGAGGGCGAGAUUCCAACGUUCCUGGGCACAAUGGCCCAGCUCACAUACCUGUAAGCUCACAACGCUCUUGAGGGCGAGAUUCCAACGUUCCUGGGCACAAUGGCCCAGCUCACAUACCUGUAAGCUCACAACGCUCUUGAGGGCGAGAUUCCAACGUUCCUGGGCACAAUGGCCCAGCUCACAUACCUGUAAGCUCACAACGCUCUUGAGGGCGAGAUUCCAACGUUCCUGGGCACAAUGGCCCAGCUCACAUACCUGUAAGCUCACAACGCUCUUGAGGGCGAGAUUCCAACGUUCCUGGGCACAAUGGCCCAGCUCACAUACCUGUAAGCUCACAACGCUCUUGAGGGCGAGAUUCCAACGUUCCUGGGCACAAUGGCCCAGCUCACAUACCUGUAAGCUCACAACGCUCUUGAGGGCGAGAUUCCAACGUUCCUGGGCACAAUGGCCCAGCUCACAUACCUGUAAGCUCACAACACUCUUGAGGGCGAGAUUCCAACGUUCCUGGGCACAAUGGCCCAGCUCACAUACCUGUAAGCUCACAACACUCUUGAGGGCGAGAUUCCAACGUUCCUGGGCACAAUGGCCCAGCUCACAUACCUGUAAGCUCACAACACUCUUGAGGGCGAGAUUCCAACGUUCCUGGGCACAAUGGCCCAGCUCACAUACCUGUAAGCUCACAACACUCUUGAGGGCGAGAUUCCAACGUUCCUGGGCACAAUGGCCCAGCUCACAUACCUGUAAGCUCACAACACUCUUGAGGGCGAGAUUCCAACGUUCCUGGGCACAAUGGCCCAGCUCACAUACCUGUAAGCUCACAACACUCUUGAGGGCGAGAUUCCAACGUUCCUGGGCACAAUGGCCCAGCUCACAUACCUGUAAGCUCACAACGCUCUUGAGGGCGAGAUUCCAACGUUCCUGGGCACAAUGGCCCAGCUCACAUACCUGUAAGCUCACAACGCUCUUGAGGGCGAGAUUCCAACGUUCCUGGGCACAAUGGCCCAGCUCACAUACCUGUAAGCUCACAACACUCUUGAGGGCGAGAUUCCAACGUUCCUGGGCACAAUGGCCCAGCUCACAUACCUGUAAGCUCACAACACUCUUGAGGGCGAGAUUCCAACGUUCCUGGGCACAAUGGCCCAGCUCACAUACCUGUAAGCUCACAACACUCUUGAGGGCGAGAUUCCAACGUUCCUGGGCACAAUGGCCCAGCUCACAUACCUGUAAGCUCACAACACUCUUGAGGGCGAGAUUCCAACGUUCCUGGGCACAAUGGCCCAGCUCACAUACCUGUAAGCUCACAACACUCUUGAGGGCGAGAUUCCGCCGCCCUCUCGCCGCCCUCCGCAACCCUCUCACCUCCCCCUCACCUCCCCCUCACCUCCCCCUCACCUCCCCCUCACUGCCCUCUAAUUGCCCUCUUCCCCUCUCCUUUCUCUCAUGCCCGCUCCCCUCCUUUCUACGCCAAGUCAAGCAAGUCAACGCAGAUGGCAACUAUUUCGCAGGCUCAGCUGCAGCCCUCCCCUGCUCCGACCUCUUCUCAGUCAACGGCAACUGCCUCUCCUCCGUCCCCGCUCAGUGUGGGGGACAAGCCUCUCAGAAAACCCUUGCGGAAUGCAGCAAGUUCUGUGGGACGGGGGCGGCAGGUGGGGCGUGCAGCGGCAAGGGCGUGUGUGUGCCUGACAUGCAAAAGAUGCUGAGUUCACAGGCGUUUGUGCCGGUGUGCAAGUGUGCUGCGGGGUUCCUGCCUACGCAGAAUAAGUUGGGCUGCGUGAAGAAGUGA